CAGUUGCAUUCCUCCCCAGCCAUCACUGCCGGCAGUUGCAUGUCCGCAAACCAAAGAGGAACCAGUCAACAAUUGAGCUGCCGAGCUGAUCAGUCAUUAGACGCGAGGAACCUGCAGGAAUGGCGCGCCACCAUGCUCUCCUCCUCCUCGCCGUGCUGCUCCCUGCAGCGGCCAUGGCCGACCCGGACGCGCUGCAGGACUUCUGCGUGCCGGACGCCGGGCACGGGCGCCCGGUGGAGCUCGCUCUGCUCCGCACCUACCCGUGCAGGAACCCCGCCAACCUCACGGCGGGCGACUUCGCCUUCUCGGGCGUGCGCGUCGCGGGCAACUUCUCCGCCGCUACAGGCUUCGCUGGGGUAUCAGUCACGCCGGCGCAGUUCCCGGGGCUCAACACCCUGGGCAUGUCCUUCGCGCGCGCCGACCUGUCCGCGGCCGGCGGCGUCAACCCGCCGCACUACCACCCGCGCGCCACCGAGACGGCGCUCGUCCUCGCCGGCCGCGUCUACGCCGGCUUCGUCGACACCGGCGGCCGCCUCUUCGCCAAGGUGCUCGACAAGGGGGACGUCAUGGUCUUCCCCCGAGGCAUGGUGCACUUCCAGCUCAACGUCGGCGACGCGCCGGCCACCGUCUACGGGACCUUCAACAGCGAGAACCCUGGCAUCGUGCGCAUCCCCGCGACCGUCUUCGGCUCCGGGAUCAGGGACGCCGUCCUCGAGAGGUCCUUCGGGCUCAGCCCGGCCGAGCUCCGCCGGAUCGAGAGCAAGUUCGGACCGCCCAAGAAAACAGAGAUGGAGGACUAGUUUAUUGGAUUAUUUGCUUCCUUGGCUCAUCGGGCGUGGGCGUAUGUGCAUGAUUACUUACAGGUAGACUAUUGUCAGUGAGAGUAUGGGUAUACUAUUUGUUUUCAUUUUUUUAUUAACGUGCAUCUUAUUGCGGUGGUUGCUAA